UGAAUUUUUCGUUGCGUCGUCUCCAUUUUGCAGUGUAGCAGGCCGCAUUGAAAAUUUUUUAAUGUGCGAAAAAAGAUUAUUGCAGAUAUAUUAACUUAAAAAUAUGUGUAGUUUCAGCAUUAACGUUGUUAAAAUAUAUUGAAAUAGUUUACUACGCGAAAUUUGUAACGUUUACAGUUCAUUUGAGUGCAAGAAAAACGAGUGUAAAGGUUUGAAACAUUGACAUGACGUGAGGGUGCUAAUUUGUGAAAAUUGUUGAAGAAAAUUAUUUGAAACAUUUGCUAUUGCUGUUAAAGAGACGAGUGCUGCACAAUGAUGUUCACGUUUCUGAGAAAAAAUAUAUAUUUCUACUCAGACUACUACAUAUAUCUACUUUGUGUCAAAAUAACCACUCGUGUGAAAAGGUCAAUGGAAUCAUAGGUUAAUUCGCUGAUUUUUUCGUUAAGAUAGUACUUUAUCCUCAUCGCUGAUAAGGCUAAGCCAAAAUUGGAAAUGUGAAGAUAAAGCUUUCGUCGAAAAUAUAGUCCGCCCAUAAGCUAGCAAUAAGAAAAAAGGACCUUUUAUAGCACGUGGCGUACUAAAAACAAUGUAAUUAUUCGGAGAUGUUUCACGUAUUCUCAAAGGGCACUACACAGCAGCAGGAUACGCGUUUCAGCGACAAGGAAAAGAAAUUGAUGAAACAAAUGAAGUUCGGGGAUUGCUUAAAUAAACGAGUGGAUAUGUCAAAGGUGAAGCUGGAUGUGUUACGUCCAUGGAUCAGCAAAAAAAUUACGGAUAUUUUGCACAUCGAAGAUGACGUCGUCGUCGAAUUCGUCUACAAUCAAUUGGAGGAGGAAAAAUUUCCCUGUCCUAAGAAAAUGCAAAUUAAUAUGACCGGAUUUCUAAAUGGGAAAAAUGCACGACAAUUUAUGGGUGAAUUAUGGGCACUGUUGCUAUCAGCCCAAGAAAGUGAAAGUGGAAUACCGGCGGAGUUUAUUCAACAAAAGAAAGAUGAGAUACUUAAGAGAGAGGAGCAGCAACGCCAAAAUGAUCGUUCGCGUUCACGAGAUAGGGAUAGAGAGAGGGAUCGAGAUAGAGAUAACGAACGUGAUCGAGAUCGCGAUAGACGCAGCGGUAGGGAUCGUUCCCAUGAUGGACAACGUGAUGAGUUAAGUCAGCGUGAGCAGCAGUUACCGCCAAGUACUUUAAGCGCGAUCGAGCAGGUUAGGUCACAAUUAUCAGCUAAAUCUAGAUCGAAUUCGGCUGAAGAUACUAAUUUAGGUAGCGUUUCUCAAAGCAAACAAAUUGAGGGGGGUAUCGCAGCCAGUGUAAAUGCUGCCGCAGCAGCAGCAGCUGCAGCUAUAAUACGAGAUCGUUCCAGGUCACCAAAUGCUAGUGCUAGAUCGGCAGCUGCAGAAGCGGCCGCAACGAAAAUACGUAACCGUUCUCCGCGCAAACGCUCCAGGGAGAGAUCAGUAACGCGAAAAUCUUCGCGGGAACGCAACUCAUCACCGCAAAGGCGUCGCAAUUCUUCAAGGGAUAGACGGCGAUCAUCUCGCUCACCAAGGCGUAGAUCAUCAGGUGGUGGCGGAGAUCGACGGCGACGACGUAGUCGUACUCGCAGUCGCUCCAGGGAUCGCAGCGGUCGACGACCAUCAAGUAAGAAACGACAAUUAUCACGUUCAGCAUCACCACCAAAACGUCAAAGUCCAAAAUCAAAAAGUCGUCGUUCCAAAGACAGACGUUCAAGAUCCAGAUCCAUUUCUAAAUCACCCGUAAAACGAAAAUCAUCGCCAGCGCCAACAAGUAAUACAAAAAACAGAACUUCACCACCUUAUCGAAAGCGUUCAACCUCUCGAAACUCGAAUCCCCAUACACCCGUAAAUGGUCAUGAAGAUGGCGGUAGCGCUAAAAAACGUGAUGUCAAGAAAAGAUCACCAUCCCGAAAUCCUAGUGAACACUCACGCUUAUCCACUGAAGAUAAGAGACCAGCGCGCAAGCCUUCUAAAGGUCGCUCUCGUUCAAGAUCUCCUAGCAAGCGAUCGGUUCGAGGCGCUGCUUCUUCACGUUCACGUUCAAGAUCAUCGUCUCGCUCCUCGAGGGCAUCAAUACGCUCUAAUAAAAAACCAAUACGUCGCUCGAGCUCACGCAACACAAGUCUGUCGCCGUCACCUGAUCGUAAAGACGAUUUUGAGAUACGACGUAAUAAGAAUAGUGUACAAAAGAAACGACACUAUCGUCAUAACCGCGACUCAUCUGCAUCAUCCAUCGACAGGGAACGCGAUCGGGACGGCGGCCGAAGGAUGAUGGGAGACAAUAGAGGUAGGCGAGGAGAUAUGCCCGGUCGACGCUUUUCACCGCGUAAUCGUAGUCCGCGCAAUGACAGUGGAGGCGGACGGAUGCAACGUUCACGUUCCCGUCGUCGUUCAAAUUCACGUAAUCGAUCAAGAUCUCGCAACCGAUCACGUUCGCCCAUGCGACGUUCACGUUCUCCACGUCGUUUUAAUCGCCGCCGUUCGCCAAUGAUGCACUUCCGUGGACGCGGUGGAAACAAUCGUGGCCGAAUGAACUUUUGGCGUCGUAGUCCUAGCAUGGGUCGCGGCGGUGGAGGUGGUGGACGCUUUAAUCGUCGUUUCUCGCCGCAGCGUAGGUUCUCACGUGAUCGCGACCGUGAUCGGCGUAUGUCUCCGAUGCAGAAUCAAUUCCGCAAGUUUUCACCGCCACCACGACGAUUCUCUCCACAACAAAAUAUGCCGUAUCAAAGACGAUCCAGAGAACGGCGAUUUAGCCCAGGACCACGAGAUCGUCGACCAUCUUCUCCAAUUAGAGAUAAUUCGCGUGAUCGCGGAGGUGGAAACAAUUUCGGACGCUGGGAUCAAAAUAAUCGCAACCCUCCUCCAAAAGCAAAAUCUAGGAGCUCCUCAGCAAGUUCGAAUUGGGAAUUGGAAGAGGAAGCUGCUGCUCCACCACCAGUAGCGCGCCAGCCAAGCACAACUAAACAAACUAGUCCAAUUAAAAACAAUGGUGACCGCGCAAGAAGUGCUAGACGUUCCCGUGAUAGAAGCGAUCGCGACUCCAGCCAAUCAUCUGAGAAAAUUCCAAAGGCACGCGAAAGCUUAGGUCGCCGUUCUUCUGUAGAGUUUGCAGGUCCCUCAGUCAAGACCAUUGAUUUGUCCAAAGAUGAACGUGGUGAAAAUCGCAAAGCAAAACCAGAAGCAGUCCAAAUAGAAGCCCCUCCAGUAAAGAAACCAGCUCCUACAGUUGCAGCAGUAACUGCAGCUGCUCCAGUUUUACGCAAUGAAAAAUUACGCGAUCGUUAUAGUUCGAGUUUAUCUCGUACUCCGUCACCAUUUUUGAAACCUCAUGAGCGUGAAAAGCUCCAGCCGACUGCGGUAAAGAAAACUCAAGAUAGUAAACCACAAAAAAGCCAUAAGGAAAGUUAUUCAUCAUCCUCGGACAGCUCUGGCGAUAGUGAUGACAGUGAAGAAGAUGAGGAACGUAAUGCGAUCGAAAAGGUAAAAGAAACGAAGAAGAAGAAUUUAGAAUCGCGUUCCAAAACUAAAAGACGAAAGUCAGAUACAAGCGAUGACUCCGAUGAUGAAAGUGAGGAGGAGAAGUCUAAGAAGAAAUCCAAUGCUAAGGCACUAGCUAAGAGUCAGACAUUAGUGGAAUUACCACCGAUUGCAAAGCCUGGACGAAAAGAUAAAAAUCUACCCACUGAAGAGAUUCGGGAGGACCGAAAUGCAGUUGAGCUGCAGGCUAGUCGUGCAAAAGGCAAGCACAACAUUGACGUACCAGAAGUAGCUGUUCCAAGUAGUUCAAAAGCAAACAAGAAAUUGUCGGAGAAAACCAUUUCAAAGGAUAACGUAUCAUCAAAUUCAAGCGAUGACUCUGAAAAAGAACAUUCUGAUGGCAAAAAAUCCGAAGUAAAAGCAAAACAAGCUGUUUCGCGAAAACGCACAGCGUCUAUUUCGGGGUUGAAAAAGUCUAAGCGCGCAGCUUCCUCUGAAUCCGAUGAUGAGCAUGUAUCGAAGAAGAAGCGCAAGAAGGCAAAAAAAUCAGCAAAACGAAAAUCAACGGACGAAGAUAGCUCUUCAGAUUCCGAGGCUGAGGCGUCGUCGAAGAAGAAAAAGCAUAAGAAGCAUAAAAAACACAGCAAGAAGAGUAAGAAGCACAAGAAACAUAAGAAGAAGAGCAAAAAGGCUGACAGCUCCUCGAGUAGUGACAACGAUGACGAGGAAGUUCGAGAACGUACAGGCAAGGCAAUAACAUCAGCGCCUUUGCUGCUUGGCGGAGUAAAUGAAGAUUUAGAGAAACAAUUACGUGAGCGGGCUUUGAAAUCGAUGAAAAAGAAUGAAUGAAGAGUCAUGAACACGAACAUGACGGUGACGACAGACAUGUGCUGGUAACGACUGGAAAUAUGAUGCUCUACAUUUCAUCAAUUUGCCUGAUUUAUUUUUUACGUUGGUUAUCCAGAGUAACUUAGUUUAUAACCUAUAUAACACUUAUUACACUACUGAAAGUAAUUAGAAGUACUGACGGAAACCUCCAAUAUGUUGUUAUAAUUUUCAAAGUAAAUGCCAACCACACAUACACACCCGCAUACAUGGAACAGCAAGGAAGCUGUUGACGAAAUAUUUAUCAUCGCAUGCUAAGGAACUUGUAACAUACAUACAGAAAUACAUUACUUUUUAUUGUAGCAGCAGAAAGGAGCAGUUCAAACGUGAUUUGGAUUGGAUGUCGUUUGUGAAAACAAUUGCAUAUAUACAUAAAUACAUGCAUAUAACAAUAUAAUAUUGAUUGCUAUAAUAAAAGCUAUAAAUCCCCUUCUGUUGAGAGUUGUCGACAUUUUCUUGAUUUGAAUUUUAGGUUCUAUUAUUUAAGUAGAUAUUAUAUAAUGCAUUCAUGUUUGUCAACUUUAAGAAGCAAACAAAUAAAGAUAACUACUACGGAAUUC